AUGCCUGGUGUUCUAAUAUUCACGAUGCAGACUGACCUUCGCAAAGAAGCUGCCCCCGCGGAUAAGCCUGCGGGAACCACUGCGCCGGCGGACGCUGCCGCACCGCAGCCCGAGAGCUCCAGUGCUGCCCCGGCUCCGGCCCCAGAGACGAACACAGAACCCGCACCCGAAACCAAGACCGAAGCUCCCGCGGCUGAGCCCAAGACCGAGACCCCUGCGCCGGAAACUAAGACUGAAGCCCCUGCUCCAGAAGCGAAGGCGGAAGCUCCCGCUCCUGAGGCAAAGGCCGACGCGCCGGUUGAAGAGACCAAGGCAGAGCCUGCCGCUCCUGCUGCCGAAAGCACCCCGGCCCCCGCGGCAGCUCCAGCUGUCGAGGAAAAGCCCGCCGAGGCUGCGCAGCCCGCGAAAAGUAGGUAG